CUCCCGAUUUUAACUCCUGGUCCCGCUUAACCAUGGUUAGCUGGAUCGAAUCAGUGUUUGCGCUCGGGGCUAGACGCCGCAACGAUGCUCGGCUUUGCGCAACACGCCUCUGUUUUCCCCAGCCAGGCGUCAUGAAGCGCUUCGGAGACGCAGCGCUUGCUGCGUUUCUGGAUCUGAACACGCAACUGCCGCGUUCACACGACCCUUUAAACCGGGGGAGGGGGGGGAAAGCGAGGAGAAAUCCUCUCUCGGCUUCCAGAGUUGUGUGAAUGCGACCAAAAGAGGGUGAGAAGGGCUAGGAAGCCGGGUUCGUAUAGCCCCUCCAAGACCUGCGACGGCCCUGGAUACCCGGGAAGGUUGCACGUCUGGACGGGACCAAGCGGAUGUUUAUUCGGACGGGGUCUUUGGGUUCCCCGUCAAACGCGGCUUGGGAAAAGUUGGGGCUCCUGAUUCGGAGGACGGGGAAUACCCGGGAAAGCGCGAUUUCCCAAUCGGGCGCUGCUCCCGCUUCCCAAGCAGCCCUUUGACGAACGUGUGAAAGCGCCUUUUUUAAAAGCGACCCAGCCCGUCCGCAAUUCGGGGCGGGGACCGCUCUCCGGCCCCCGCUUUUACCCCGUUUUGACGGCUGAGUCACUCAGGCGUGAGUCAAAAGGACUGGAGAGGAAUCCGACCACUUUCUCCGCUGAUGGAAAAGUUGCCCGUCUGAAUGCCGUACACGUGAAAUGUCCGAAAAUACCGUCGGGGCUGUGAUUCGAAGCCCGAGCGAGGGAUGGUCUUGGCGGUCCAUGUUUUGCCAGCCACGUCGCCAAUCCUGCCCCGUGCAAUAUUUCCUUAGACGCAGCUGGGAACCGUAUCCAGGACACAGCCAAGAUGGCCUCGCCGGCGGACAGCUGCAUCCAGUUCACCCGACAUGCCAGCGACGUUCUGCUGAAUCUCAACCGCCUUCGGAGUAGGGACGUCCUCACCGACGUGGUCAUUAUCGUCAGCCAGGAGCAAUUCCGGGCCCACAAAACGGUGCUGAUGGCCUGCAGUGGCCUUUUCUACAGCAUCUUCACCGACCAGCUGAAGUGCAAUCUGUCUGUCCUGAACUUAAACCCGGAGAUCAGUCCUGAAGGAUUCGGGAUCCUCCUGGAUUUUAUGUACACCUCUCGUCUCAACCUACGGGAAAGUAAUAUCCUGGCGGUGAUGGCCACAGCCCUCUAUCUGCAGAUGGAACAUGUGGUGGACACCUGCCGGAGGCUGCUGAAUUCCAGUGAAACCGAAAUGAUCUCGGCUGCCAAGACCUCCCGGGAAGACUUUCUAGCCAACCAGAUGCUCAACCAACCAAACAUGAUGGCUUACAGGAGCCGAGAUAUCUCAGAAAGCAGCUUACCUCUUCGGAACGGCCCCAUUUGCGACGGGAGAGCCUUCAUGCCCGGUUUGUACAGCAGCGUGUCGGGAUCCCCCAUUUCCUACACUAGCUACAACACUGUGCCCAUCGGCGGGUACCUCUACUCGGAUGAAGAACUACGAGACGCAAGGAUGUCCAUCUCAGAGGCGUCGAGAGGGCACCUCUUUUCACGAGAACGUGCAACACCCUGCAGCGUGUCUCGAAGUAGCGCUUCUGAGUUUACCAGGGCGGUGGCGAAUAUCUCGCCCAGCUUGUGCCGCCCCGCUGUCUACUCUCCAAAGGAAGAGACAGACAAGGAGAACAAAACUGAUGUCCGCUACAGCGCCGCUACGGGUCCUGACCCUGCACCCCCUCUGACUCACAACAGCGCCUAUUUUGGGUGCAACAAAACAAGCAAGGAAGAAGAAAAGCCCGCCGCCGAAGCCAAGCGGUUCGAGCCCACCAAUGCGCCCAUGAACCGGAAAGUGGUGACCAGUCCUCAGAGCCCCCAAAAGUCGGACUGCCAACCCAACUCGCCAACCGAGUCCAGCAGCAGUAAGAACGCCUGUAUCGGCCCGAGCGCAACUUCCACGAAGAGUCCCACUGAUCCCAAGGCCUGCAACUGGAAGAAGUACAAGUUUAUUGUGCUCAAUUCGCUCAACCAGAACGCCAAGGAGGAUGUGCCGGAACACUCCGAGGCUGGGACGCUCUCCCCGCAGCCGUACGUCCCCUCGUUGACAUGUCAGCAGUCCCUGGAGCCCGAGAACAUGGAUGUGCAGUCCCCAACCAAGCUCAACAUCAAUGGGGAAGACUCAACUAUCCCGCAAGCGAGCCGCCUAAACAAUAUUCUUAACAGAUCACUUGAUGGUUCUCCUCGGAGCAGCGAGGACCAGUCGCCGUUGUACCUGCAUUCAUCCAAGUGCAGCUCGUGCGGUUCUCGAUCCCCGCAGCAUUCGGAAAUGUGCCUUCAUACCUCGGGAUCCAACUUCGGAGAAGAAAUGGGUGAAACCCAGUCGGAAUAUUCAGAUUCCAGUUGUGAAACCCGGUCUUUUUUCUGCAAAGAAUGCCAGUGCCCGUUCUCGGAAGAGGCCGCGUUCAAGAAACAUUCCCUGCAAACGCACAGUGACAAACCCUACAAGUGUGACCGUUGCCAGGCCUCGUUUCGCUACAAGGGGAACCUAGCCAGUCACAAAACUGUGCACACAGGUGAGAAGCCCUACCGUUGCGGCAUCUGCGGGGCGCAGUUCAACCGUCCAGCCAACCUCAAGACUCAUACGCGGAUCCACUCUGGGGAGAAGCCUUACAAAUGUGAAACUUGCGGAGCCCGCUUCGUACAGGUGGCUCACCUCCGAGCACACGUGCUCAUCCACACCGGGGAGAAGCCGUAUCCGUGCGAAAUCUGUGGCACUCGUUUCCGACACCUGCAGACCCUCAAGAGUCACUUGAGAAUCCAUACCGGAGAAAAACCCUACCAUUGUGAAAAGUGCAACUUGCACUUCCGACACAAGAGCCAACUCCGCCUGCACCUCCGGCAGAAACACGGCGCCAUCACAAACACCAAGGUGCAGUACCGCCUGUCGCCCGUCGACGCUCCCCCGGAACUCUCCAAGGCAUGUUGAGGACUAGCGGCGUGAAACGGCGGACGUAGCCAAGAGGCUUCUUCCGGAAAAAGGGCGGGCCAGGAUGUGCAAAAGGACGCUUCGAUCACUUUAGGGAAAAAAACAAAAAACCCCGUUGUCGUUCUUGCUGUUUGUGUUGUUGUUGUUGUCGUAACACAUCGGAGUGCCUCUAGAAGCCCGGAACGAAGGACAAGAUGGGAUGCGAGAACAGACACAUGUUUUACGUUCAGUUUACGUUGAUCGGUUUUGUUCCCCUAAGUUGUGUAAACUUCACCAUCGGACGACUUGUGCGUGUGUGUGUGUUUGUGCGUGUGUGUGUGUGUGUGUGUACGUGCAAACAGAAGAGAGGGUCAGUGACUUUUUCUUAACAAUGUCCGUGCGAGAGAAUGUUGAACAAUCUCGUCCCUCCCCCUCCCAAAAAAAUAUUGAGGAAUGUAUAUCGUUUUACGGGAGCAAGCAAAAGUGUAUAUCUUUUUAUGCAAAGGAGUGUGUAUGUGUGUGUUUCACAACAGAGAAAGAGAUUGCAUAAGGCAGGGGUCUCCAACCUUGGCAACUUUCAGACUUGUGGACUUCAACUCCCAGAGUUCCUCAGCCAGACGUGUCUGUUUCUUUUUCUCUUACCCCCCCCAAAGUGGAGAGACUGCAGAGGAAGGGAUUACAAGAGAGUAAGCAAAGCUGGCUGAGGAAUUCUGGGAGUUGAAGUCCACGAGUCUGAAAGUUGCCAAGGUUGGAGACCCCUGGUAUAAGGGAUACGAAAGGGGAGGGGGCUUUCAAACUUUCUAACCAAAGGUGAAGGAAUUUAUGGCAGAAUUGUAAAUAGAUGAAUAUACACGAAAUAUAUAUAAAUAUAUGUGUGUGUAUGUAUGUGUACAUAUAUAUAUAUAUAUGUGUGUGUGUGUGUA